GUACAGCCUUGCGGAAAUCGCGGAUGAGAAGGCUUAUCAUUACCUGCUGGAUAUAUAGAAGUCACAGCGGCACAAAGACGACCAGUCGUGUGUCAAUGGUGUUACCGAAGAAGAGAAUUGUCCGCUUUGAAGAUUUCCUUUGGGAAAAAUUGAUAAUCCAGUGUCGCGAAAUGAAUUCAGUGUGAAAUCGGGAAAGACAGAAAAAAUCAACCAGAUAUCCUUUGGUUAGGUGGACCUACAUAGUGCUUUUUGUUUUACAACGCAUAUAGCUAUCUGCUUCUUUACUCUUUGUCUCGUUUUUUCUUUCAUCCCAAAACUUUUUUCUUUCUCUUUUUUUUUGGUGAAAGCUCGACAUUCUCAAAGCUGCUCAAGACGGUCUGAUCGACCGUUCCGAGAGGAUCCUACUCGUGUAAAUUAUAGAUGUGUUGAUGGACCAAGUCCUUUUAUUCUUAUUUUACUUUCGAACGGAUUACACGUGUGCUCGAACAGGCUCCUUUUUAUUCUCGUUUUCCUUACGACUGUCGCGUUCGUGAGAACCAUGAAAUCGCUGAUUUUCGGUAUAGUCGUUAUGUGUGCUGUCGGUCGUGCGAUUCCUGUUGAAAGACUAAAUCGAGAGAGCCAGGUGGCGGUUGAUGCGCCUAGGAAGGUCACGACCCGUGAAGAUCUAGUGAACUUGAUUAGAUACGCUAUGCAAAUUAUGGCCUCCAGGAUCAACAUUACUUUAGCACCGGAACGCGAGAGAGAGGGAAAUUUUGGAAAUUCGCAAAAAUACCUUCCAACAGCUGCAGUUGCUCCUACUGUUCCUACAAUAUUUAAGGCGGAUUCACAAAAAUUACAAAGGACUUCUGGACAACGCGCGAACGACGUCCUGAAGGAUUUUAGAACGUAUCCUGUUACUCCUACAGUGGAUAAUAUCUUUCAGUUGCCUUUAAAAUAUACAGACGAUUCAAGAUAUCCGGAUUCAGUGGAAUUGACGUAUGGCGAUGAGAAAUUGACGUCCAGUCUAAAGAAGAAAGUGGUCCCGGAAGUUAGCGUCUUCCCAUCGGACUCAGGAUCUAAGAUUAGGUUCGAUGACCUUUCUGUGGAAGAGGAACAUGACGCGAGAAUUCAAAAGCCGUUACUGAGCGUACCGUUCGAGGCAGUCAUCACGAUUAUACGCGAAGAAAAUGGAAUAAUGAAAAAUAGUAAAAACCAUUUGGAAUCAUCACUAUCGACUAGAGACCCUCCCGAUGACUUUCCCCCAUAUUUCGAAAAUAAUCAUUCAUCGGUCGAACUACUAGGCAAAGAAGUUACAUUGCUCCAACAGGAGGAAUUGCGAGUGACAGAUAGCAAUUCCAAUCCCAUGAACAAACGUCAAACGUCGGCUCUUGGGGAAUUGUUGGGACUUUUUGGUUUGCCGACAAAAAGGAAAUUGCGAAAUGGUACCGACGUCACUGCAGAUUUGUCGCAAGUGAUAAAGACGCUUAGGUACCAGCCAAAGGUACCAUUGAACAGUCAAGAAAAGUUAGCGUCAUCCAGACGCGGCAGAAGAAACGAAACGUCACAGCGUCAAGAAAUUGAAGAGGAUGAGGAGGAGGAAGAGCAAAUGGGUUCGUUAGGUUUCAUAACAGAUUUGUUACCACUCGUAUUGCCCGUACUGGAGGAUCUCAGUAACCCGGAUACAGAUACUGACCUGGGCGAAUUGCUCCAGGCUGGUAUACCAUUACUGGAGGGACUGUCAGAGGGAGAGGAUGGAGAGGCUAUCGAUAUACCGGCUACCUUGACGCCCAUCGUAGCGGGCAUAGUUGCAGGUAAAGAUGGCCAAGGAAGUGACUUUGGAGCGAUAUUACAAGCGAUAAUUCCAAUCGCAGCACCGUUAAUAGGACCUCUGAUUGGUCCACUGAUUGGACCAUUGCUUCGAUUAAGUAGUAACCCUAUCGGAGAAGGUGGAUCAUCCCUUAGUGCUCUAGUACAGUCACUUAUUACACCCCUUGUUCAGCCCGCUGAACCUGGUGGUGUGUCACCAUUGUCUACUUUAAUCGCUGGUGUCAUAGCAGGUCUGAGUAAAGAAUUGAGUGCAGGCGGUGGUUCAGGAACAGAGUUGGCAGGCAUCAUUAGCUCUGUGAUAUCUGGUACAUUGGCUGGAACCAGCGCAGGACUCAGUGGUGGUUCUAGUGGUCAUGGUGCAGCACCAUCAAAACCAUCUGGAUACAAUUAUGAACCAGUCUCUCACGCCCCGUCCUACGAUCAAAAUCCCGUCCCAGCCAGCAGUGUUAAUACUUUUGACUUGGUGAGCACCUCGUUCAAAGACAUCCUGGGUGGAACUGUUCAAAUAGCUAGUAGCCUAUUGUCUACGGUAUUUACUAUCCUGGGCUCCUCAUCCCAGGAAGAACCACAAUCUGCCUAUGGACCUCCACGACCUCAUUACGGAGCAUCACAGUAGUAGCCAAUUUUUUAGAAAUAGAAAAAUAUCGUAUUUACCCCUCACUCUACCCACCGACCACUCUUAUUAUUAACCUAGGAAAGGAAAAGAGCGUCACAAAGUAUUCAUGAUGUUUAAAAGAGAAAUUAAUAAAAAGUAAACAAGGAGAAAA